ACAGAAGAGGGAGGCCUGGGCGAAAAUUACCGAAAAAUUCAAUGCCCACAACAUGGGGCCCCAACGGUCAGAGGUGCAGCUCAAGAAAGUUUGGGAGCGACUGAAAGUCAAGGCGAAGAAAAGCAAGGCUGACUUGAAACGGGAGGUGUUCAAAACUGGUGUUGGCGCGCCUCCACCAGACAUGACCUCAGAUUGUGAGCAAGUGCUCACACUCCUCGGGGAUGACAUUAAUGACAUCGGCAACCCCUAUGAUGAUGAUGCCUUGCCAUCUCAGCCAAAGUCGAACCACCAUGGUCGACUCAUCCGAUUUUCAAGGUCUCUUGUGAGAGCACGCUCCGACAUCUGGUGUGAGUUGGUGAGUUCCGAACCACUGGCACCAACACCAGAUGAAGAACAGGGCGGCAACAAAGUUGAAACAAUUGUGCCUGCCAGCCCCGUAAGGAUGACGAGCAGGCAACGUCGAGCCGGGAGGUGGAAAGCGGGCGAAGACGUAGAAGUCCGGGAGAUAGUGAAGGCCAGCACAAGCAGGGACGACGAGUUUCAGAACAAGAGGGCAAAAUUGAUGGACAUGCAAUUACGAUACAUGGAGUUGAAGCUUGAGGAGGCUGAAGCCAGAAAAGAGGAGGCAAAGAAAAAGCUUUAG